AUGACGUCUACGACUGAAGAAAACAUCGGGAAAAUCUGUGAUCUGAUAUUGACAGAUCGGAGAUUGACCAUCACGAUGAUUGCAGACACUAUUAGCAUCUCGACGAACCCGACCGCGGCGCCGUAUGAGCUGACAUCGGACCCGGGCGCGGGCACAGGUGGCGGAGCGUGCGUGGAGGCAGGGCGCGCGCUCCAGGCCGCGCCGCCGCCGUUCUACGCCACUAUGCAGGAGCCGAGCAAAGCAAAACAGGCUGUCUACACUGAUUGCUAUGAGCUGUCCAGCUGCGAAGCGGCUUUGGUGCCCAAUGGCGGUCUUCAGCCUGCCAGUGCCACGCGUAAAAGGAAACCCUCUUCAUUUAGCGGUGCGAGCAGUCCAAACGAUGACGACGGUACAGAAGACACACGCUCAACUCGCACCAUGCCUGACAAAAAGCAGAAUCACAGCGAGAUAGAGAAGCGUCGACGAGAUAAGAUGAACACAUAUAUAACAGAGCUCAGUGCUAUGGUGCCCAUGUGUGGUGCGAUGGCACGCAAACUGGAUAAGCUGACCGUGCUACGGAUGGCCGUGCAACAUUUGCGCUCGGUACGAGGUGCCCUGUCUACCUGCCCGCUCACGGCGAGACCUCGACCUACGUACCUCAGCGAGCGGGAGCUUAACGCCCUCAUUUUACAGGCGGCUCAUGAUUGUUUCCUGCUCGUGGUGGGUUGUGAUCGAGGGCGCCUACUCUACGUGUCCGCUUCAGUCAAGAAUAUGCUUAACUAUGAUCAGUCGGAGUUACUAGGGCAGAGUUUGUUUGACAUCUUGCAUCCGAAGGACGUGGCUAAGGUGAAAGAACAACUCUCCUCCUCCGACCUUAGUCCUAGGGAACGGCUCAUUGAUGCAAAGACUAUGUUGCCACUAAAGGCGGAUGUGGUAGCUGGAGCGUCGCGACUGUGUCCGGGCUCGCGUCGAUCGUUCUUCUGUCGAAUAAAAUGUCGCACGCCGGACGCAGCGCUCUUAACUAACGGUACAAAUGGCACGACCGUUGCGACCGCCGAGAUUGCACACGGAGCCGCGUGCGCUCUCACUAAAGACGAUCCCGAAACGAAGUUGCGAAAGAAAAACAGCGCAGAGAAGAAGUACUGUGUCGUUCAGUGUACAGGUUAUUUGAAAUCAUGGACGCCAGCGGAGAUGUGCGAAGGCAGCGGCAGCGGUGAAGGCGACGAGACCGAGGCGUGUAAUCUCUCCUGUCUAGUGGCGGUCGGUCGCGCUCUACCCGAUCUGGCGGCUGCGACCGCCACCGCCACCGCAGCCGUGAACUCGAGCGCUCGUAUCACCACGCCGCGUCAGUUCGUGCCUUCCUCCGCGCCAUCUACUCGCUUGUUGCAAUAUGUUUCAAGGCACGCUACAGAUGGAAAAUUCCUCUUUGUUGACCAAAGGGUAACUCUUGCUCUCGGUUUUUUGCCACAAGAGCUUCUCGGCACUAGUUUAUACGAGUACGUUGGCGUUGGGGAGUUGGGUGAAGUUGCGCGUGCGCAUAAAGCUGCUUUACGCAAACGCACGCCGUUACAUACGCCAAUUUACUCUUUCAAGAGGAAAGAUGGUUCAUACACCCGAAUACAAACACAUUUCAAACCCUUCAGGAACCCAUGGACAAAAGACGUAGAAUAUCUGGUAGCCAACAACACGAUAGUGGCCGGCUCUGUAGGAACAGCGGAGCCAGAUGAAUCACAGGAAGCCUUCGACAUGUUCAAACAAAAAGCAGACGGUGAGAUGCAGAGGUUGAUAGACUCCCAGGUAGAGUCCCACAAGAUCGGCAGCACGAUAGCGGAGGAGGCACUGACUGGUUCCUCUUCGGAGUUCUCGCCAGAUUUGCCGACUGAUCUCCUUCAAGACGCAGUUUUCAAUCAGCACGCAUCACUGGUGGACAACGUCCUUGCUGGCGAUCAGACGUAUCAAGUGAGGAACAACGUCCCACUGAGCGCUGCGGGGGCACAAUCACCCCCCGCGACUGGCACCGCCGUUACGACUGCAACCGAGUUACCCACCACUCCCCCAUCCGCUUCACCCCCGCUACCCCCCUUGGUACUGGACGGCAAUGGCGAGGCAGCGAUGGCGGUUAUAAUGAGCCUACUGGAAGCCGACGCAGGUUUGGGAGGACCCGUCAACUUCUCAGGCUUACCUUGGCCGCUUCCAUGACACACGGCCCCCGAGCAAUCCGCUCCGAAUUGUAAAAUGGCCGAUUUCUCAUUCUAAUUCACUAACUGAAUUACCACGUCGCCCGGUGUUACAUUUAUGCGACAUUACCCAAUUAAU